UGCAGAGGGAUGCUCAAGAGGCUUGGUGGGGCGCGUCUUGGCGAUGCGCCCCGUGCUUGAACCUAUCCUGGUAGGCGUAUUCACCUUCUGCUUACUCGUUGAUCUAUUUCUAGUUAGCGUCGCUGGUGUAGAGCCACUGUUCCAUGCAACGUCAAUUUCUUGUAUAAAUUUGUUUCAUUCGUCAGGCAUACCAGGGUGGCAUAAGUUCUUAACUAAGCAUGAUCUUCCUCUCUCGAUAGUACUCUGCCAUGUCCUUUGUCUCUCCAUUCGGAGCAUCUACAUCCAAACCCGGUCAUGGAUCUAUCAUCAUCGACAUCUUACCACCUGAUCAACCAGUCCUCCGGACACUAUCCUAUCAAUACCCAUUGAAAUUGGUCGCCCCAGAUCCACUACCACCCCCUUCCCAGGGUUCCACAGAACCCAACAACAACACGACACCCCGCCUGGUCCACACCAUCUUCCUCCUCACCUACGGCGGCGGCAUAGUCGCCGGCGACGCAAUCAAUCUAGACAUAACCCUAGCCACCAACACGCGCCUCAUCCUCCUAACCCAAGGCUCAACAAAGAUCUUCAAAACACCGUCCCCAGACCUCAUCUCAAAGCAGCACAUGACCGUGCAUCUCCAGCGCGACGCUGCCCUAGUCUAUCUCCCAGACCCAGUGCAACCCUUCGCCCAAACAGCCUUCUCCCAAUCCCAAAUCUACCACUUGGAAAACGAGCAGGGCAAUCUGUGUGUAUGUGACUGGGUGACGAGCGGGCGGUCAGCCAGAGGGGAAAACUGGGAUUUAUACGCGUACAAGAGUAGAAAUGAAGUUUGGACUACCGAUGAUGCCACGGGCAAGAAACGCCUGCUACUUAGAGACAACUUGAUCCUGGACAAGGAUGGUAGGACGGAUAUGCGUCUCUCCGCUCGCAUGGACGGGUACGCCGUGUUCGGCACGCUGAUCCUCCGCGGACCGGUUUUCUCCUCGCUGUCUAGUUUCUUCAUCGAGGAGUUUGAAGCGCUCCCGCGUAUUGGAGGGAGGAAUUGGGGUGACGUCGCGCAGCCGCAGCUUUCGCUCAGAGAGCAGAGGCGAGCGCAAAGAUUGGCGAGGGAGAAGGAUGAUAGGCUGAUAUGGAGUGCGGCCAAUGUGCGUGGAUUUGUACUUGUAAAGUUCGCAAGUAGAGAAGUUGAAGGUUCGCGGAACUGGCUUAGGGAUAUGAUUAGAGAAGAGGCGAGUGUGUUGGAGGCGUUUGGCGAGCGGGCGCUAUUGUGCUUGAAGUGAGGUUACAAGGGGGACUAUUCAGUGGAGCGUCGUACAAUGAUGAUACCCAGGUGGAGAUGCAAAGAUAUGCUUAUCAUAAGUGGUCAUAUCUACACUAUUCCAUACAGAGCGGCGAAGUCUCCUAGUCCAACAAGGCUUUUUACCUGGUAUCACCGACCUCCGAACGCCAAAGCGCCAAACAUUCUAUGCCCUUAAGAUAUCUCUCCCUCAUCAACAAUCACACUAGAAUAGGCUCCACCCACCCUUCCUCCCCGCAUCCCCUCCCC